UACCGUUACCGUGCCUAUAGGCACAACGUUUGUAAACAUGGCUGCCCACGUGGAUGACAACGAUGAACCUGAGAAGAAACGUCCCAAGAUCAUAAAAACACUUCAUGAAAAGAAUUUAGACAAACGUUUGAUUAUCGUACUUGAAAAAGCAUCACUUGAAACAGUUAAGACAACUAAAGGGUUUGAAUUACUAAAUUGUGAUCAUCAUAAACAUCUCAUGAAGAAAUACAAGAGGAAUCCAUCAGAUUGCCGGCCAGAUAUUGCUCAUCAGUGCUUGUUGAUGUUAUUUGACAGUCCUUUAAACAGAGCUGGGUUACUACAGGUAUUUGUGCACACAGAUAGGAAUGUGCUCAUUCAAAUAAGUCCGCAGACUAGGAUACCACGGACAUUUGAUAGGUUCUGCGGUCUUUUUGUACAAUUACUACACAAAUUAAGCAUUAGUGCAUCUGAUGGGCCACAGAAGCUUCUGAGAGUAAUUAAGAACCCAGUUUCCAAUCACUUACCUGUUGGCUGCAAGAAGAUCAGUCUCUCCUAUAGUGCAAAGAAAUUAGUAAAGCCAAAAGAAUUAGUUCCUGAGGAUGGUCCUGUGGUGUUAGUAAUCGGUGCAAUGGCUCAUGGAAAGGUUGAACCAGACUUUACCGAAGAAGAUGUCUCAAUCAGUAAUUACCCAUUAUCUGGCGCCCUCACAUGUGCAAAGAUUUGUUCUGCAUUUGAAGAUGGUUGGGGAAUAUUUUGAGUUUAAUGAGUUUGUUUAUGAUGAUAGUAGCUAACCAAUAGCACAGCACAGCAGCAGUUAUGCCAUUUUACCUGAUUAGAAUGGGAUUAACUGUAUAUGUAUGGUACACAGUAGUAUUACUGGAGCUGUAGCUUGGUGGCUCAUUCUAAAAUCUUAAGGUCUUUGGUUCUAAUCCCUGUAAAUGUCAGUAUUGCUGCUCAUGAUUAAAGCUCCCUCUAAGGCUCAUGAUAAAUCUUAUGUCAGAUCACAAAGCUCUAGCUAUUUAUGAGAGUGUACAUUAUGUUGUCGUUGUUUUAUGGACAUUACACCAGUGGUGGUGCCAGCUGGGGAGGAUCCCCGAUGGACAAGCAAAGACAGCCAUUAGCUUGUCAGCUAAGAGCUUAGUUCCUACCUCCACACACAUCUGGGCUCCACUGUUCCUCCUGGGCACCACUGGCCUCAGUGUUUAAAUUGUUCUUAUUUCUCUAUACAGUGGCAAAUGCACUAUUAAUGAUUACCAUGUUUGGUUCCUUAUUUUAAACAUUAUGAAAAAUGUUUUAUUUAUUCUCAAUAGCAAACUUAAACCUACAGCAAAAGAACAAGACCUUUAUCUUCUUUUAGUUCCAUAUGAUAAUUUCUUAAUCUUUUUUUUUUUCUUUUAACUUGUAUAAUUUUAAAUUCAUAAUAAAAAGUAGAUUUUACUAUGGAUAUAAUGGAUUCAGCUUAGACAUUCUUUUGUGAAAUAAUGUAGGAUAAUGCAGUUCGAUUUAUAUAACACUUCAUACCGAAAGGUCUCAAAGCACUCGAGGUGUGGACUAGCUCUUACAGUAACUAUUGCUUCUUCCCUAAUGUUCUCUUUGUGUCUAAGCUACCCGAUAGCUCAGCAAUAAAGACACAGUAACCGGUACCAGCUUCUCCCAUCUUUCCACAACAGGGGCUGUAUGGACCAGUACACCGGGGUAACUCCCUACUCAUCUCGAAAGUGCACACGAGCCAAAUUGCGUGUAAACAGAGCCUACAGUUUAUAGAACUGUGAAGACUUGUUCCACCUUCAGAACCAUAGGCGAGCAUGCCAUUCUGUAAUAUUCUUAAUAGCAAACCCAAAUCCAACAGCACAAGAAUAAGACCAUCAUCUUCUUUUAGUUCCAUAUGAUAAUUUCUUUAUCUCUUAUUUGUUUAAAACUUGUAUAAUUUUAAAUUCAUAAUAAAAUGUGGAUUUUACUAUGGAUAUUAAA